AUGAGUGACGAAUGGGAAGAAACCGACGCCGCCGGCAAAUCGUUCGGUCAAAGCUAUUGCAAAAAUGACAACCAAGAAAGUGAACAAGAUGCUUCACAAAGUGGCUUCCGUGGGCGUGGUCGCGGCGGUGGCCGUGGAGGACGUGGAGGUCGCAACGGAUUUGGUUCCAGUCGUAACUACGACAACGAGAACGGUGACACCGAUCGCGAUCCUGAAGACAACGGAUAUGACAACAGAAAUGAGAGAGGUGGAUUUCGUGGUCGCGGACGCGGUCGUGGUGGCGGUAGCCGUGGUUUUAACAACGGAUACAACAACGAGCAUUGCGAUCGGGACCGUGACGAUAACGAUUACGGUAACAACGGAAAUGAAGAAAGAGGCGGAUUCCGUGGACGUGGUCGCGGUCGUGGCCGUGGAGGCAGAGGAGGUGGACGCGGUGGAUUUAGCGGCGGUGACGAUAACGGCGAUGACAACGGAUACAGACCUCGUGGAGGGGACAAUGAUUUUGGCGGUGAUGACGUCGAUCAGAUUAAAACGGAUAAGCCUAGAGAGCUCUACAUUCCUCCGGCGCCUACAGAAGACGAAGACGAAAUUUUCGGAUCCAGCAUCAGCUCAGGAAUUAAUUUUGAUAAAUUUGACGAGAUUAAAAUCAAUGUGACUGGAGAGAAUCCUCCGAAGCCCAUAGUAUCUUUUGCCGAAUCUGGUCUUCGCGAUUACCUUCUUGGCAAUGUGCGAAAGUCUAAGUACACCAAGCCGACUCCGAUUCAGAAGCAUGCAAUACCGAUCAUCAUGGACAAGCGGGAUCUGAUGGCGUGCGCUCAAACCGGAUCUGGAAAGACUGCGGCUUUUCUGUUGCCCAUGAUUAAUACUUUGCUUAAUGACAACGACGAUAUGGAGCCCGGUCAUCCAUUUGUGGUGAUCAUCGGUCCAACUCGCGAGUUGGUAAUACAAAUUUUCGAAGAAGCCCGGAAGUUUUCAUUGGGAACUAUUUUGAAAGUUUGUGUAGCCUAUGGCGGCACUGCAAGCAGACAUCAGAUGGACACAAUGGCAAAUGGAUGUCAUAUCCUGGUAGCAACGCCUGGCCGUUUGAUAGAUUUUGUUGACCGCCAGGUAAUCAGUUUUGCUAAAAUUAAGUUCGUUGUGUUGGACGAAGCUGAUCGGAUGCUGGAUAUGGGCUUUAUGUCCUCAAUCGAAAAAGUAAUGAAUCAUGAAACGAUGCGCCCAAAUGGUGCUCGUCAAACACUCAUGUUCUCAGCAACCUUCCCAGCCCCAAUUCAAGAGUUGGCUGGCCAAUUUCUUGACAAUUAUAUUUUUAUUGCGAUUGGAAUCGUUGGUGGAGCUAGUUCCGACGUCGACCAAGUGAUUUACGAAGUUAAGCGUUUCCAGAAACGGAAGAAGUUGGAGGAAAUCUUGGAAGCCGGCGAUCCAAAGGGCACAAUAGUAUUCGUUGAGACCAAACGUAAUGCCGAUUACUUAGCUUCGUUACUUUCGGAAACAAAGUUCCCGACAACUUCCAUCCACGGCGACAGGCUGCAGCGAGAACGAGAAGAAGCUUUGCGAGAUUUCAAAUCAGGUAAAAUGUUCAUACUAAUUGCGACCUCGGUGGCAGCACGUGGAUUGGAUAUUAAAAACGUGGCGCACGUUAUUAACUACGAUCUACCGAAGAGCAUCGACGACUAUGUGCACCGUAUCGGUCGAACGGGACGCGUUGGCAACAAAGGUAAAGCGACCAGUUUUUAUGACCCGGAAAUGGACUCUGCUCUGGGUCCAGACUUGGUCCGCAUUUUGACCCAGGCAGACCAGGAGGUGCCCGAUUUCCUGCAGGGAAUGGGUGGCGGAGGCGGCGGCGGUUUCAGCGGAUCAAAUCAGUUCGGUGGCCGAGACAUCCGUGAUGCCGGUGGUUCCCGUGUUGAUGCCCAACCAACACAACUGGAGCCGGAGGACGAAUGGGCCUAG